GGAGAAAACCCCUUCUAAAACCCUAACGAGCAUUCACCCCUCCAUCUGCGGCUUGAAAAGAUCCUUAGGGUUUAUUGUCGUUCAACUUUUGGAGUUCCUGCUUCUACCGUUUCAUAUAAGUAAUUUCACGUUGUUUCUUCUAUGGAUUUGUCUGUAAUGGUAACUGCAGGCCUUCCUAAACAGGAUGCUCUUAUGGGCGACAAUUACCAUAUCACACUAAACCAAUCAAUGCAGAAUCUCUUGGGUGAAAUUCACAGAGGAAGCCAGAAUUUUUCUCAUUUAAUUAACAUAUUCUACCAAUUGAUGCAAGCGAAGAUCGACCCACCUCUCGAAUCUAUCUGGUUUUACUCUGCUUUGUCGUUUUGCAGCCAUAGAUCCCCAGACGAAGAUACUCUGAAUCGAAUAUCGGAAACAAAAGGCCUUUUUCAUUUGAUAUCCACAUGUUCGGGUUCGUGUAAUCCAAUAAAGAGCGUUGCAUUGCUUGCUCCUGUUGUUCUCCAUUUGUACAAGUUAGUCCUUGAAUUACAAGGAAAGAAUUUGAGCUCAAAGAGAGAGCGGAAAGCAAUGAGAGAGGCUAAGUCUUUAAUUGAAGGGAUUCUUGGUUGUAUAAGCUUGUGCGGUAAUAUGAAGUUGACUGAGGGAAAAACUGGUGCUGAUUUGAGUUUGAUUAUGCCGGUAGCGGACUUGGUUCGCGUUUGGACGGAAGGAAAUGAGGGACUAGAAUCCUUUUUUCCUCUGGUGAGCGGCAAAAUUCAUAGCAAGAUUAGUGGGGAUGAUUGUGAUGUGAAUUACUUGGCCGGAGCGGUUAUCUUGGAGGCUUUUUUGUUGAAAUUGUGCUUGGAUUUUCGUGGUGAAGUUGCUAGAACUUAUUUGGAGGAGUUGAAAAGCUGGGCUGUUGGAUCCAUAACUGGCUUCCGAAACUUAUAUUUCUUUGAUAUACUUGUGAGCAUGCUCCUGGAGUCGUCUUUGCCUGUGACUUCCCUUUUGGGCUCUGAAAAUGUUGUUCAGCUAAAGAAAGUUUUAUAUGAUGCUGUUAUAUUGGUGGAAUACUCGUUCCUCAAUCCUAAGAUGGAUAUCAACCAACCAGUUGAAUUCAUGAAAGAUCUUGCCAUCAAAAGAUUGAUUAUUACUCAGGAAGGCAUCAAGUGUGCCAGGGAGGAUGGGGAUCAGAAGCGAGCUCUCUCUUAUACAAGUUCUUUCUCCAAUUCCCGCCUAUCUUCCCAGCUAAUGAAAUGGUUCCAAACUGGAGAAAGUUGGAAAAACGGAUCAUCGCCUAAAGCUUUUAUACAGUGGUUACUUGACCUCGAGAGACAAAGUAUAAAAGUAUUUGGAGAUAGCCUCCUGAAACACCAUGCCAGAUUAGCGAUUGAUAAUUCCAGAGCAGAUUAUAAGCAGAAAUUAUCUAAUGGCGAGGUGAAGGAAAUAGAUGCUGAUAUUCUCUUCUACAUUGAUGACGAAGGAGAAGGGACAGAUAGAGAGGAGGAUGAAACGCGGAGUGAAACAAUUAGUAGUGCAUUUAUAACUGCUGCUCGCUCAAUGAAGUGGAAAGAAAAUAAAAGGAGAAAACGUGAAGAAACAGGAGGUGCCGAAAAGAAGGAGAGAGUAAAGUAUGAUCUUGGUUAUGGUUAUGAUACACCCAGUGGGAGGUUCUCAGAUGACCCGAAUAGUGAGAGCGAAGUUGAUGAUCCAGUUUCGGACUGACAUGGAAAGAGAAGGGAAGGUAAGAAACUUCUGCUGCUGAAUGUGUAGAGAGUGUUAGUAUGGAUCAGAUCAUUUUGAUCAAGUGGACUGUAUCUGGUGAUCUUGUUAUCAUCAUUGUUCUUUAAAGCAACGACCUCAGCUGCCUAUAAAUUCUUAAAUUUAUUUGAAAA